CCCCCCCCCUCUCUGUGCCCUAUCAGCCCGCGCAUGCGCAGUGGCUCCUCUGUGCGCUCUACUGUUUGCAUUGUGUCUCAACUGCCGGCGAGCUUUAAAAAUAUUAUAACCACCGCGGCAAUGUCGGGCAGGUCGGUCCGAGCUGAGACCCGGAGCAGGGCGAAGGAUGACAUCAAGAGGGUUAUGGCCGCUAUUGAGAAAGUACGAAAAUGGGAGAAGAAAUGGGUGACUGUUGGAGACACGUCCCUUCGCAUCUACAAGUGGGUGCCAGUGACAGAGCCGAAAUCAGAUGACGUGAGUUCAGCAUUUGACCGCGGGUUUUCAGAUUCACAAUCACCUUUUGUUGGCGAAGUAUGUUCAGACGCACGGCAAAUUGCGACUCCCGCCUCCGGUAGCUUUUGA